GCCCCGCGUGUCGCCUGCUGCCUCCCAGUCAGGAACUGGGCUCGCCGUACGGAGAGUCCCCGCUGCUACCUGGAUGGCGCCCACCCGACUGGCAGCCCACGGCGGUACCCGCCUGGCAAGCCUCUUGGAGCACCGACGCCGGUCUCAACUUUUCCCGUCCGGGUGCUUCCAAAGAGGACGUCGACCAGCCAGAGUUUUACGAGGAGGAGAUCGACCGCUUCCUGCGCAGCCUAGACGUUGGCUCCAGCACCCAGAGCUCGGGCAUCGCAGGAGCAACAGUUUCGGAUGCCUUGCCACUUGGCCCGUGCCUCGAGUCACGAAGAUCCGAGUCGCCCCCGCUGCUUUGCCGAUCUGACAGGCUGAGCCCUGCGGACGCAUUGCAACAGCUGCCGGAAGAGGCCUUUGUCCCCGACUCUCCUCCUCGGCUCCGCUGCGGCCGCUGCGGCCGGCGUUUCGCCGCGCCGCGCUUGGAGGUCCAUGAGGCCAUUUGUUUUGCAACAGUGCCCGUGCAGCGUGGGGUCUUCGAGUCGCGACGCCAGCGUUUGGAAGGCUUCGCGCUUCCAAAGCCAGCGCCGGAGGUGGUCGCGAGAUCCCGCAAGAACCUACCAGAGACGACAACUGUUGCGCAGCCGCGCCCCAAGGCUAAGAGCUUGCCGAGGAAGAACAGCCAACCGACGACCCGGAGCCGGAGAGGUCAGCAGAAGGAGACGCAAGAGCUCUGCACGCCCCAAAGGAGGCCGCGACCACGCGGCAUCUCCUCCACUCCGGUCUUACGGCCGAGGCGUACCAGCCGUUCCAGCGCUGGCAAUCUGGCUACAGAGGAGGUUCAGCCCAAAGCUUCGACUCCUCCACGGAAAAGCUGCGACGCGGCUGUUGCGGAGGCCGCUGUUCCUUGGAUUGAGGACGAGCCAGCGCAACCUUCUCCGGAGCCAAUCUCCGCUAGCCCAAGCUCUGAACCUUCGGCUGUGCAGAGCAGCACAUUCUGGACGGAGGACUCUCAUCUUCAUUCGCUCCGCUGGGAGCGCAUCACUCGGGCACUUUGCUUCUCCGAGGAGCUGAAACGAUUGGAGCAGCUUGACUCAUCGGCGGAAAGCUCCAGCUCUGCAGUGGAGGAGCUUGAAGUCCUGGCAGAAGACCCGGCUUACGAGUCGCAGCCAGCGGAGGUCGCGCAAGACCUGAGCAUGGAAGACGGCUUGGAGGAUUCGUCCCCUCCCAGCCGGCGCUCUCCUUCCCUCUGCUGGGAGCACCUGGCACGUGGCUUGGACUUCGCGGAGGAAGCAGCUGAGGGCCCCAUCAAGGACCCGCCGGAGAUGAACAUGGUGCUUCCAGCCUUUCCCGUCGUGGAGCCGCGCGAGGAAGAGCUGGCAAACAGCUUGUUCAGUACCUGGGUGCAGAGAAGCUCGUCCUGCCGGGUACCACCCCUCGUCAAAGAGGCCGCAGAGCUCUGCGCAGAAGUCGAUGCCUUGCUGGGAGACGACUCUAUCGGAGUCGCGGAAAGCCCAGAGGCUGCUGCACAGGUCCCAGCCUCCUCGGAGCGACCGCGCUACGACCCUCGCAAAUACUACGAGUCAGAACCGGCGCAGGAUCUAUCGGCUCCAUAUGAAGAGGAGCCGGAGAGCACCCAGCUGGCAGAUUGGCUGAAGAGGUGCGCAGACAAAGUUCGGCAGCGCCAGGAGCUUCGGCAGGGGAGGACUCCAGAACACAGCCCGGUUUAG